UUCACCCAUCUAUAUCACGGGACACAAACUUUUCCUUUCAUUUGCUGUUGGAUAUGGACCAAUCGGCUGUUGAAGGCAACUGCAGCAGGACAUUUGUGUAGUACCCGCAGUCCAGGAAAUGUCACUAGUGAGUGGUGGCAGCUUGAUCUAUGAGAAGAGGUACCAACAUCAAAUGGCCAUAUAUGCAGAAAGGAUAAGACAUGUAUGCUCCUGUUUCACUGAUUUAAGCUAUAUGUGAAUCACAUGUAUGCCUCUAUCUUCUAUCAUCGAUCAUCUUCUUGACUUGAUCAGAUCACACAUUAGAUUCUUUUCCUUGUCUGCAUAUUCAUCUGAUAAUGCAGCCAUCACAAUCUACUGUCGUUUCAUCUUUUCCAUGGUGGAGGAUCAACAGAUCCCGUGAUAACUCCUUCCACUGAGCUCAACGAGAAGAGAAGAGGUCUCAUCCGUCUCUGUCUUCAAUAAGCUGUGUUUCUCACGUUUUCUGUGCUGUUGACAUCAGACGAGAGGGAGCUCUUCGUGCAGCGUUGUCUAUGCUCCCAUGCUUCUCACUCGGCUUUGACUGCACCACCGGCUGCAGGAAGAGGAGGAAGAAGAAGCAGCAGCUUCGGGCCCCACCCGACGUCGACAGCUCCGCACCACACAAAUCCUGAGUCAGAAACAUCGGCUGCUGACAGACCCGAAUCUCCCGGCCUCGGGUCACCCACCAACGUACCCACUCCUCUCUCUCUCUCUCUCUCUGACGCCAUGACACCUACAUAUUAGAUUGCCGACAACCGCGAAAGGACCCACGUGGACCCCACGGAACCACCCUUUUCCCAACCACUCACCGCUUUCCAAUCCCAUCACCCGACCCACUGCGUCUUCAAACGCAGAGCCCGCCCCGGCAGAGCAGCCUUUCCUCCUCAUUAUUCAAAUUUGUCUCUCCUCUCCUCUUCCUCCUCUCAUGAACACCUCUCACCCUCCGCUCGACUUGAAUUCCGACGCCGCCGGCGUCGGAUGCCUGUCCGGGGUGGUGCGCCGGCUGCUCUGUGCGAGUCUUCGUAGCGAUGUGCACGGAGAUUGCAGCGCGGACGAAGGAGUGGGCAGCAGUAGCCUUGGCAUAGAAUGGAUCGCCAUGCAGAAGAAGAAGAAGAAGCCGCCGGCGACGCCCUGUAUCGUGGCACGCCUGAUGGGGCUCGACUCGAUGCCGGUGUUCCCCUACACUCCUCCGGAGACGGUGACCCGUAGCCGGUCUACGAACUCGGUCGAGAGCUGGCCUGGGUUCUUGUGCAGCGAGAGGAGCAGCGGCGCGGCGCAGAUCAGGACGCCGUCGUCGUUUCGUGAAGCUCCGACGUACUUGAGACAGGAGAACGAUGACUUCUUGGUCAUGAGCUUCACGCCUGAGGACAAAGCUCGGAGCAUUAUGGUCAAAGCAGGAGAUUCGAGGGAGAGGAAGAAGGGUGGGAAGAACAACGGAGCGAAGAAGGAUACCAGAAGGACGGAGCAGAGAACUCGAGUAGCAGGAAAGCAGAUACAGAAGGAGAAUGUGCCCCAGAGAAAGCACUCCAGUGGCAAGGGCUCGGUCAUGUCGUCUCCAAAUAAGGCCUGCCGAACCACGAAAUCUGGCGGCAGCAAUAUAAAGCCCGCGAAACAAAAGGAAACGCCAUUGACGGACGAGAGAGGUCGAAGGAAGAACAGAGCGGGUUGCAGCUCCCAUCCUUCCACGGAUGGCGCGUGCUCCCUCAGCUUCAACUCUCCCUGUUCAGGUAACUCCAUAACUGGCUCAUUAUUUCCUUCAGCAAAUGCAGAAGAAGAGAGGAAGCAGACAUCGAAGUUGGAGAAGCUCAACUCCACGUCUCCGAGUUGUCAUCCCGAGACGAGCUCAAGAGACAGAGGAACCGACUUGUCUAGUGAACCAAGCACCAAGAAAUCUAGCAAGGCCGAGCAGGCGAGUCUAGAAUGGAGCGAAAUCUGGGAGAAGACUUGCAUGCUUACAGAGGAGGAUCUGAAGGACUCCACAUGGACGUCAAGAGAGACUUGGAGGUCGGAAGAGGCCGGUGAAAUAGGAGCAGUGGUGGCGCUGGAGAUGCUUGAUCUGGUCCUCAUGGAGACUGUAUCUCAGAUGUCCAGUAAUGCCACAAGAUCCAAAAAUGUAAAUGGCAUUUGACUUUGUGUCGAAUCGAUGGGAUCUAUGGAAAGAUCCCAAAGUCUAUCGAAGAGGCCGCAAGAUGAUGACUCCUAAAGGAAGAAUGCACCGUAAAUAAAGCAAUGUCUCUUAUUCAAUCAAAUCAAAAGGACAAAUGAGGAGGAGACACGAUUAAGACGAAUCCUUUCGAGCAUGACGUAUAUGUUGCAUCGGCACAACAACAACAAUCGAAUCCAAUUCACGCGUCGAUCAUGCAGCCUUGUGGAGAUCUACGUGCGACUUGCCACAGGGGCCCAACAUCCUCAUGUACAUCUUGUACUCCUUGAACGUCAUCGGCUUGUACACCGGCGGCGAGGUAGGCGUCACCAGCUCGGCGGCGGGCUCGAUGGGCAGGUCGUCGUCGGGGUUGUAGAAGAAGGCAAGGGAGAGCCGCUCCGUUGUCGCGUUCACCGUCACUCGGUGCUCGACGCUCUUGUAGGUGGCAUUCGUCAACACCUGCAUCAUCGAGCUUCGAGAUUCGUGAUUCGUGAUUCGUGAUACGCUCUGCUGUGGUACCCGUGUAUCAUUAUCUUGACAUUUUAAAUAUCAUUCUAAUAUUAAUUUUUAUAA